AAAAGUCCUAGGAAGCUUUUUUAUUGUUAAUCCGAAUCCUACCUAGCUAUUAGGUUGCGUUUAGUAUCAUAAUGGAAUAAUGCUUUGAAAGACUUUCUCGUGAUUUUUUAAAUGUGAAGUGUUGUAAAUUCGUAAAAAGAAGGUAUCGAUAUUUUGUGGUGGUGUAAUUAAUAUAUAUUUUUUGGGCAAAAAUGGGUAGUAAAGUUUUAAUAUUAAUGUUAUCAGUGGAACUGGUAUUGUGUGAUCAAGAGUUUAAAAGUGUACCGGUUACUGUAAAAGCUUAUGAAAAUGACACCGUAUUACUGCCUUGCUACACGGACAAUACAGAAGGCGAUAUCCGCGUGCGCUGGUACAAAAACGGCACGCUCCUCGCUGACAGCCGAGACCCCAAUCUUCUGCUGCCUCUGCGCACGCGCAUGUACGCCAACUUCAGCCUGCAGGUCGACGAGCUGAUUGCAAAGGACACAGCUGAAUACACCUGUGAGGUGAUACGCCCAGAGCCAUGGGGUCCAAUUAGGCAAUCGCACACAAUAGAAGUACAAUACGCUCCCACCGUCAGAACACUUCCGGACGACAGUUUCCUGGAAGUGAAGAAGGGUGAAUACGUGGAUAUUGGUUGCGAAACCACGGGCUCUCCACCCCCUAUAGUCAACUGGAGAAAAAACGGUGAGCCCAUGGCGCUGUUGGAGCACAGGUCGCGGAUUCGAUUCCGCGCGGAGCACCGCUUGUUGGCCGGCGUGUACGAGUGCACGGCCAGCAACGGGGUCGGCGACCCGGUCACCGCAUCUAUUACUGUUAUAAUACAGGAUGCGCCGGUUGUAACAACGGACAGGAGUUUCGUCCACACAGCUCUAGGACUGCGAGCGGCGCUGGCUGCUAAACUAGAGUUUGCUAUACCAACUGCAAGGGCGGCGUGGUACAGAGAUGGGAAACCUGUUAAAACUGACGACAGGGUGUUAAUAAUGGUGAGGGACAACGUUCAUCAGUUGAUCUUCCGCAAUGUGAGGAAAUCCGACCUUGGCAACUACACGUUCCGUGCUGAGAACAAACUGGGCAUGGCUGAUGUGGCUUUCAAAUUGACAGGGGUACCGAAUGUGGCCUCUUUCAAAGUGGACCCCGUGCUGAAUAAGGCUACAUCUACUAGCUUCACGCUUAUUUGGGAAGUGGAUUCUUACUCCACUAUCAUUGAAUAUCACCUAUGGCUGCGUCCGUACUACGGGCGUAUUUCUACCCCGGAGCCAGAUGCCUUCACGACGGAGCCCCCGGCUAAUCUUUGGAGCAAGAUUGUAGUGCCCGGAGACUCCAGUGAUGGUCCUAUCCACAGCGCAACUUAUACAGUUAGAGGCCUCACUCCCUCCACAGUGUACGAAGCGAUAGUUACGUCCAGAAACUGGUUUGGUUGGAGUAAACCAUCGGCUGUUUUGCAUUUCGCCACCGAACCUGGAGCUGGGAGAACACCUCCAUCGACCUCAGAGUAUACAGAUAUCACACCGAUAUUAGAAGAGAUAGAAUUUCCGGAGCCGUUCAACAUAACACAGGCGCACGUUUUCGAACGGCUCAACGAACUGUCAAGCGGAGGGCGGGAAACGCCAUUUUGCAGCGCGGCCAUCUUAAUUUCAUUCUUGACAUUCUUGUUUUUCAUUGGAUGAUCCGAUUUUUUAUUUUUAUCGUUAUAAUUCUAUCAGACAGACUAUUUUGAAAAUUCUCAAUCGUAUAUUUUUAUUUGAUAAAUCAGUCCAUUAAUGUAAGUUACGUUUUAUUUGUACGUUCCUUUUCUUAGUAACAUGUGAUAAGGUCAUUGUAAAUAUUUUAUAUUUAUAUUAAGUUGCUCUAUAUAUAGAUAUAUAUCUACAUGGAUAUGUUGUAAAAUCUUUAUUCCACCACUUUUUCUUGGGAUCAAUAUUUUGGAAAGAACUUCUCCAUUUAUUAUAUACUUGCAUUAGUAUUAACAAUUUUACCAAAACAUUGUUUUCAUUUUAUUUUUGUUUUUAUUGCUGUUUUCAUCUAAGGUCAAAUACGAUCAGAGAUAACUAUAGAGACAGGGAAAAGCCUAUGGCCUUAUGGUUAAACGAUAAUUCACACGCGCACACAUACACGUAUUAAUGAAAACUAAUAUGAUGUCAUGUUGUUUUAAACUAGUUAGUUACUAGUUUUAUUCUUAAUCGGGUUUUUUAUUCGUAGUUAUUUGUAGUUACUAAUUCUUGAUGAUGAUAAAGAUAGCGGGGGUUAAGAUAACUGCUAACCUGUUACAGCAAUGUACUUGAGCGCUAACUUGUAACCUCUUUGUCGGUAACUAACAACAGACUAGAAAAAACCAGAAAUUAAAAAAAUCACAAAUUUUCCAUUGUAUUUAUGUUGUGCUCUUAAAUAAAAAUAAUAUUGUAUUCUUUUCUAAUUUAUAAUACAUUGGA